AUGACUGCCCUCAAGCCCGGUGACAGCUUCCCCAGCGACGUGGUCUUCUCCUACAUCCCCUACUCCGAGGAGUCCGGCGAAAUCACUGCCUGCGGUAUUCCUAUUAGCUACAAUGCCUCCAAAGAGUGGGCCGACAAGAAGGUCGUCCUCUUCUCUGUGCCUGGCGCCUUUACUCCUACAUGCUCCGUGAGCCACUUGCCAGGAUACAUUCAGAACCUGCCUCAACUCAAGGCAAAAGGAGUCGACAUCGUUGCUGUCCUCGCCUUCAACGAUCCCUUUGUCAUGAGCGCUUGGGGAAAGGCCAACAAGAUCACCGAUGAAAACUUCCUUUUCUUGUCCGACCCUGAUGCCAAGUUCUCCAAGAGCAUCGGCUGGGCCGAUGCUGCCUCUGGCCGCACUGGUCGUUAUGCCGUGAUUAUUGACCACGGCAAGGUCACAUAUGCUGAUAUUGAGACCGAGCGCGGUUCUCUCAAGGCGUCUGGUGCCGACACGGUUCUUGCACAUCUCAAGAUGGCGGAUGACGAGGAAAAGGCCAAGGCCGAGAAGCUCGCCGCUGCCCGAAAGCGAGUAGCGCAAAUGCAAAAACAAAAAGGCAAAAAGGGAACAAAGAAAGCCGCUGCUGGCGAAUCAAGCAAAGACGAGACCGUGAACGAGAAACCUGCUGGCGACGAUAAACCUGCGGUUGAGACACAUGAAACAGAAGCCGCAGACCAGACACCUGAACCGGCCGUUGAGCAAGAGGAAAAGAAAGAAGAAGAACCACUAGAGGAUACUCCCACCGAACCUAUGCCCGAUGCGCCGACUUCUCCAGACCCGGAGACUAGCCCUGAUGAAACGAAGGAACUUCCUCUUCGAGGUGCGCAUAAACGACAACCGUCUCUAUCCGUACAAUCGAAAAUGCGAUCUUCUUCGUUCAGAAACUCCAUAUCAACCGCGGUAUCACCGGGCUCUAGUAUCAAGUCUCCCCCCUUGCCACCCUUGGCUCCUGGUGAUGAACAAAUCCAUGAGGUGUUUAGGAGACAGACAGCUAGGGUAGAAGAGUUGGAGAAGGAGAACAAAAGAUUGGAAAAGGAAUAUAGCACUGCCAAUGCACGAAGGGAAAAGGCAGAAGAGGAGCUCGAAGAUCUUCGCGAAUCCAGCGUCGAGGUAAUUGAGCUCAAGGGCCGCUUAGCAAAAGCUGAAAAGCAGGUCGCCGAGCUCGAAUCAUUGAAAAGUGAGAUCGCAUCUCUACAACGGCAAAACUCUCUAUUACAAUCUAAAACCCACCGAUCAAGCUCUGGUCACGCAGAGUCUCCACCUUCCGAGCUCGUACAACAGCUGGAGUCCAAGUCUUCAACAAUAGAAGCUAUGGAAAUCGAAAUUUCAAAUUUGCGUGCAGAGCUAUCAACAUCGUCUACUUCGAUCGACGGAUUCAAGAGUCAAAUCACGGCCCUAGAAGAGAAACUCUCUCAGAGCGAAAGCGCGCUUCAAAAGACACAGGGAGAGCUAUCAGAUGUCAAGCAGUCACUAUCACGUGCAUCUGAAAAGGCGCUGAAAGAAGGAGUCGAUAAGACAAGCACAGAGACUCUGAUCAAAUCUUUACAACGAGAAGUCGAAGAACUACAAGAAGCAAAAUCAAACACAGAAAAGAAGGCAGAAGGGCUCGAUAAAAAGUUACAGGCACUUUCCAACCUACAUAAAGAGUCAGAAAGUCGGCAUCAAUCGCGAUUGAAAGACCACGAGAAGGUCGAGAAAGAGGUAGCUCUCUUAAAAAAAAAAUUAGCAUCCGUCGAGAACGAGAACCUUCGAUUACGGGAGGAGAAAGAUCGUGAACGAAAGAGAAAUGCCGACGUUGAAGGCAACGAAGGUCUUGAUGAGCUAGAAGAUGAGGAACGCUCACGACUAGAGCGAAGGAUCCGCGAUCUUGAAGGUGAAAACUUUGAACUUCGUCGCGGUGUCUGGAAGGAGCGAAAGAAAGAGCUGGGCGUUGGAGCGGAUGAUGAGAACGAAGGAAUUGAGACGACAUCUAGUCCAGGCAAUGCUUUUGACGAAGUGGACCUCGUUGGUGGCGCACCCGGCCACUCAAGACGACGCAGUCUUAUGGCUCAAAGCCGACAGCAACAGCAACAUUCUUCAUUUACUACGGUUCUAUCUAGCGGAUUAGCUGCCUUUACAGGAGGCAAUAACAACUGGGACCGGCGUCCAUCAACUCAACAUCCACCGGCCGCGCGAGGUAGCCUGGAGUUACUUGCGGAAGAGGACAAUGAAGAAUUUGAUGAAGAUGCAUUUGCGCGAGCACAAGCAGAGGAAGAGGCGCGCAAGCGUGUUGAAUGGGCUCGUGAAGUCAAACGUAAACUCCGCGACUGGAAAGGUUGGCGACUUGAUCUGGUCGACAGUCGAGCUGGUGCAGAGGGAGCGGGUGUGGCAAUGGGUGAGAUUUUUGAAGUGUAA